UGAAACCCUAACCUUUCCCUCUUGGAGCAAUCAACUUCACGCUUCGACCUAUGGAUGCAGAUGCGCAAGGCCAGCAAAAUCCAUUUUCUCUUAAGCAGCCUUCUUCGUCGACCUGUACUUACUUCAGAGAACAGGCCAUUCGAGUAGGAUCUCAGAGCGGAAAUUUUGGUGGUGGAGGCCAUGUAGGACUGGGGGUAUUUGGAGGACCUUCGGAGAUGAGGGAGGCGAUCCAACGGGAGCGUGAGAAGGAGAGGAUUAGAGCGGAGAUCAUUGCAGAGGAGAUGGCACGUACGCGCAUUCUGGAAGCAGAAGUGCGGAAAGAACUGAUGAUGGAGCGGGAGAUGAUGGCUAUGAGGAGCGGCAGAGGAUUCUCCUCGCCCUUUAUGUCACUAUCAAUGCAGCCGAACCACAAUAAUAUCGAGCGGAGAAUUUUGCAUCAGCAACCCAUUGGACUGGAAGGGAGAAUUGUGAUGUCUCUUGAGGAGAAGUAUCCCCAUGGCGGCAAUCGCCUUGCGUUUAGGGGUUUUGAGGUUGCUCCAUUUCAGCGGCUUCGCGACUCACCUAAGAUUGAAAGGAUUCCUACGCCUCUCCCUGAGGAUACCAAAAAGGAAGUUAUCCUUCUGACCGGUGGGAGCCUGUCUGGAACAAAACGGAAGUCGGCACCUUCAGUUGCUGGAGAUUCAAGCAAGCCUCAUUCAGAUGGGUCAAAGAAGAAAGUUAAGGAAGAAUGGAGCUGCGCAAUCUGUCAGGUGAGUGCCACAAGCGAGCGUGCUUUAACUGAACAUCUUCAAGGAAAGAAACACCAGAGCAAAGAGGCAGCCUUGAUAGCUCAGAAAAGUGGUGCCAACUUUGGUCUCGGGGUUUCACCCAAGAAACCCAUUGUGAAGCCGAUCAAGCUUUCUUUAACAACCGUGACUCCGAGUUCCUCUGAGAAGAAGUCCAAAAAGAGAAAGGAAUCAAGGAAGGAAACAUCAAGCAGUUCGGAGGUGAAGAAAGAAGACAGGAGGAAGAAGAGUGAGAAAUACAAGUUUUGGUGCGAAAUGUGUGAGGUAGGAGCGUUUUCGGAGAAAGUGAUGAACCAUCAUAAGAAAGGGAAGAAGCAUUUGACCCAGCUUGCGAAACUUCUUCAGAAGGGUAAAGUGGAAGAAAGUAAAACCCGUAAGGCAGUGGUUGGUGAUGAUGCUAGGGAGGAAAAGCAAGAUGAUGGUAGUAGUAGUGUGGUGGUGAAUGAAGGAAAGCAAGAUGAUGAUAGUAGUAGUGUGGUUGUGGUGGUGGUGGAGGAUAGAGAGAAAAGUGAAGUGAAGGAAGAUGCAAGUAUUCAUCUGAUGGGUUUGUAGAUCAUGUGGGAAUGUGUUGUACAGAAGAUGAUUGAUGUUGUGAAGAAUACCAUCCAUCCAUCCAUGUGGGCAUGGUGAGGUUUUAGUUACUGCCUACCUUUUAACUUACUGCUACUGUUAUGUGGUUUGGUGGUUUUAUGAUCCCGUUGGAUUUUCCCUUUUGGCUUGGAAAAUUUUAAGCCAAAAGCCUUCCAAUUAUGUAAUUUUCAUGAGAGGAGGGUUUCCCAAUUGGUGAACGUUUUGGUAAUGGAUUGUGGAUGGCUAAAAAGGCCUUUAUUAAUGCCCAAAAUAUGGUUACUUUUGCCAUGGUAAAAUUAGUU